AUGUUAGACACCUGCACAGACUGCGAAAAGCCCCCCCAGCCCGCCCCCGCCCCCGCCCCUGCUCCUGCUCCUACUCCUGCUUCGAGUGGCAACACCGCCGAAGAGCCCUUCAUUGCACCUGAUUUGAACCAGGUCAAGCCCAGUGUGGUCAUAGAGUUCUGCGACCGCUGCCGAUGGGCACCAAGAGCGACAUGGAUCCAGACUGAACUGUUCCUCACCUUUCCUACUCCCCUACUGAGAACCAUUACUCUCAUGCCCGGGAAUACGCCAGAGACUGGAGGAAGGUUUAGGGUAUGGGUUGAUAACGGGGAUGGGAAGGGCGACCAGCUUGCUUGGGACCGAAAGACAGAAGGAGGCUUCCCAGAGCUCAAGGUAUUGAAGCAAAGAAUAAGGAAUAUCAUCCAACCCGAUCUAGGUCUGGGCCACUCAGACGUCCACGGAAAGCAAGAAACCAAGUGA